AUGUCUUCAGCAAGACUCGUCCUCAGAUCUCUUCGCGCCGCCCCUCGCGUUGUGCGUCCCUUCAGCUCGGUCACUGCCCGUCUCGGCGCAGAACACGAAGCUCGCAUCCAUGACAACGUCGAUGUAUAUCGCAAGGCCCAGAUGGAGAAGCCUCUCAACCCUCACAUGACCAACACCACCUCGACCAUCGCCAACGAGAUGCCCAGCAUUGGCAAGGAUAACGUNCCCCCAGAGAUGAUCACCAGCAUCGACCCCAACUUCACUGCCAAGGACUCUGUGCCCGAGAACACCGAGAGAAUGACCGGAGGCACUCAGCAGGGCAGCCCCGAGUCUGGCGUCAACUCCGAUCUUGAAGUAGGUGAACUCGANGGGGGCUCCUUCCGUGUCGAGCCUUUGAGGAGGACAGGCGAAGACACCAACACCACUCGGGCUAGACUCUUANNUGUUCGUCGCCAAUCACUUUCACGCCCUCUUGACAAAGUCGAGCCAAUGCUGACGAGCGCACUUUCUACAGACCAAAGCAGGAAAAGAGGCACACUAGAGAGUGACCUUCUCAUGUCCACCUUUGCUGAUCGCUACCUCGAAACAAUGACCCCCAAGCAACUCCAACAAUACGACCUUUUCCUUGACGAGAACGACUGGGACAUUUACUACUGGGCCACACAGGAGCCCACGCCUACUUCCAUGGAAUACGCCGAAGGAGGUGGCCCCGAGCAGGCUACUUCUGUAGCUCAGGGCAAGCCCGCCAAAGAUGAGCCCGUUCGCCCACCUGGCACCGGCGAGUGGGCCCAGACUGUUGGUCUCUUCAAGCCCGCCUACCGCCCUGUUCCCCAGCGAUGGAAGAACUCAGAAGUCUUGGCCAUGCUUAGACAGCACGUUAAGGAUCGCAGUGCUGGAGGCGUUCUUGAAGGCGAUAAAUCUGGCGAGGCUGAACCGGACAGCAAAAGUGGUCAAGGUAUGGCUUUCAUGCCCGAGCUCAAGAACCUCGACAAGUAG